CGAGUUUAAUAACGAAAUUUUAACCGUAACUGAUUAUGGCAGUUCAUCGGCCGAUACAUGUAGCACAUUGAUAACUACAGUUAAUCAGAAUGGCAAUGAGGCUGUGACAUCGUUGCCAUUACUGAAUGUGGAUUCGACAAGAAACAACACGUUUAGGCGCAGGACAAAUCGUCGAUCUCGGAAUGUCAUGGAAUCAUUAAACAAUUGCUUAAGAUGCACCGUUGAUAAUGAAGUAUCGAGUUUUACGCGUUAUCAUAAUUUUUGUUUGAAUAUGCAAAUCGUAAGAUGAAGAUUUACGCGAUAGCCAGAUACCCAUCCUCGCAUUAGCGAUGCACCUCCUGCUUAUUCUGCUACAUAUGCACACCAUAGAAGAGCAACACGCAAUUGGAGACCUUUUCGAACCGGGAAUCGAUCUUCGUUCAUGGCUCCGAUACCACCUCCUAGUUACGCACAGGCCCAAGAAAUUUAUCUCGCUACAUAUUCCAUGGAUAAUCUGUUUUCGCGUAAUGCGAAUCAGAAUAGAGUAUGGUCACCAAGACCUAUGACUAUGAUAUGCUCACGGUGCACCUCAAUUAUCGUUACUACUAUAGAAGCUCGGCAGUCUAUAAGUACUCAUAUCACCGCUAUCGCACUUUUCUUGUGCGGAAUGCUGCAACCACAAGAGAGAAACGACUUCGACAAUAACGUCUGCGUUGGGACGAAUGGUGAAAAUGGCACGUGUCUGGCAGCGUCGGAAUGCUCGCAACGCGGAGGUGCAUCCACUGGAAUUUGCGCGAACGGUUAUGGAAUUUGUUGCAUUGUAACUGUAUCUUGUGGAGAGACGACGGGCAGCAAUAAUACCUAUUUCGUCAAUCCGAAUUAUCCCUCGUCUUUUGAUGGCACUCAGUCUUGUCAGUUGACUCUGAUCAAAUCGCAUCCAGCUGUGUGUCAGUUUAGAUUAGACUUCGAGCAGUUUAACAUAAGAGGCCCGGAGAUGACAAACCACCAAUGCAUCUACGAUCAGUUCAUCGUUUCUGGAGCUAAUCCAAUACCCACCAUAUGCGGAACCAAUGCUGGAAAUCAUAUAUACAUCGACGCCGGUCUCGGACAGACGAAUCCCGUCAUCCUAACAUUCGUCACAAGCGGCAACUCUUUCGCUCGGUCUUGGAAGGUACGAGUGUCCCAAAUUCGCUGCAACACGAUAUACAGAGCCGAGGAAGGAUGCCUACAAUACUUCACCGGGAUCUCUGGUCAAAUAAAAUCGUUCAACUACGACUCCAUGAACGGACUGCAGUUAUCGAAUCAGGACUACAGUAUGUGCAUCAGGAUGGAGCGGAACUUUUGCGGAAUUCAAUACAUGGCCUGCUCUGAUGGUCAAGUCAUGAUGGCGAGCGGUGUCCCAGCGACUCAGAUGAGGAGUAGUGCAUUUACGCUGACGGGGAAUACGCAGGCCAUGCAGAUAGCGUCUAUGACAGGAGCAGCCUGCCAAACCGAUUGGCUGACGAUUCCAUGUGCGUUCAACACGGGCAGAUUGCCGACUUCCAUGAUGGCGUGCGUUGACAGAUUUUGCGGCGGAACAUUCAACGCGGAGAAUCAAAAUUUGAACGCCUCUUCCGUCAUCAGCACAGUGAAACCGUUUAGAUUAAUUUUUCACACGGACAGCAUCGAAGCUCCAAACGAUGUUGGAAACAGAGGAUUCUGUUUGAACUACGUUCAACAACCGUGUACCACAAAAUUGAAAUAACGAGACACGUUUGAAAAUACAUCCAUACUUUAUUAAUUCACAAGCAUCCGUGUAUAUCAGGAAAAUACAAUAAAUACGUUAGAAUUAGGUAACACGAAAUUACAAAUACAAAGAUAAUCACGUUAUUCAACAGAGGUAGGUUUACCUUUAAUAAAUGCUAUUGCUCGAUUUUUUACAAAGAAUGUUUUGAUCGAUUUACGUUCUCGCAUUCUUCGUUAUAAUAAUUUUAAGGCGAAAAUAAAAACGAAUACAACGCGUGCAUGCGGAAGUGAAUAUGUCUUCAAUCAAACCAGUUUUAUAAUCAGAUUCUAUCUCGUAAAUAUUCGAUUAACAGUUCCAAAUCCUAUCUCCUCCAUUUUACUUACAAUUAUUAUAGUCUUGUGUCAAUAUUUGUUUCCAGAGAAAUGUUUUACGGAACUCGAUUUCUAACAGGUUGAAAUUCCGAUGUUAGACCGAAUCUAGAUUUCAGGCCGUUGAAAACUCUUGAAAUACAGGAAUAAAGCUACAUGUGCAUUUUUUCAUUGGUCGUUUAACAGUUCCGUGUAUAAUAAAUAGUAGGCUAUGAUUGAGCUCGCGUUGUACAUAUGUACAAUCUAUACAAUGUCGAUAUUACAGAUAGAAACACCAACGAUAAAUACAAUCA